UCUUUUAUUUACAUUUUCAUAAAAAUUCGAAAUAUGAGCGAGAUAACACACCCGCUUUGUAAAAACAAUUAAAAAUAGUAAAAAUUCAAACACUUUUUCGACAAAACGACAAAAGAUGUGGUUCAAUUGUCACAUUUUGCUACUUUCCGCGAUAUUUUUCACUCCCGCCUCGUUCGAUUGUGGCUGCAACAAAGCAAAACGCGACACAAAAGACGCUGUUUUCACCGAAAAUGAACCUUCAGAACGUCUCGUUGACCUAAUUCAUCAUGAAAUGUCAUCUUCUGAGGAUUUUCUCGCCGAAAUGAGUCUCAUUCCAGGCGGCGAAUACGCCAUUGGCACCACAACUCCCGUUUUCGAGUCAGAUCGCGAACACGAACGCCACGUUUCCAUCCAAAACUUCUACUUGGACAAGCAUCUCGUGACAAAUGCGGAUUUUUUGCGCUUCGUCGAGGCAACUGGCUACGAAACUGAGGCCGAAAAGUUCGGCGAUUCCUUCGUUUUUAAAGGAUUUUUAUCAAAAACGGUCCAAAAAACGUACCACGACUUUCGGGUAGCCGCAGCUCCUUGGUGGUACAAAAUAAACGACACAAAUUGGCGACAUCCCGAGGGCCCCGAGACUGGAAUUGACGCGAAAAUGGAUCAUCCGGUGCUUCAUGUGUCAUAUCGUGACGCCCAAGCGUAUUGCAAGUGGCGCAACAAGCGUCUCCCAUCGGAAGCGGAGUGGGAAGUCGCUUGUCGCGGCGGAAAAUCAAAAAAAUUGUUUCCGUGGGGCAAUAAAAUGAUGCCACGAGGGGAGCAUUGGAUGAAUAUCUGGCAGGGAGACUUUCCGGAGGAAAAUACGGCAGAUGACGGGUUUUACGGAACGAAUCCGGUAACGAAAUUCCGUCAAAAUGACUUUGAUUUGUACGACAUGGUCGGAAAUGCGUGGGAAUGGACCUCGGAUUUGUGGAAGGAACGCGAAAAAAACGACCCAAACCCGAAUCGGGUGCGAAAAGGAGGCAGUUAUUUGUGUCAUGACUCGUAUUGCUACAGAUAUCGCUGCGCCGCACGAAGUCCCAACACGGAAGACAGCUCCUCAGGGAAUUUGGGCUUCCGGUGUGCAAAAGAUUUCCUGUAAAUGUUGAAAGGAAUCGCUUU